GAAACAGCAGAAAGGCAAUCUUUAGAGCACUACAAGAUUUCAAGUGCAAGGAUAACCUAUGCAGUACGAAAACACCAGACAUCUUGAGUGAAAGACUACAAAGAUAACGGAAAAGUCAAGAGCGCAACAUGAGGAAGAUGCAUUCUUCACUGCAUCUUGUGAUAUUGUUUCUUUCCUUCAGUUGUAAAGCAGAAGUAACCAAGAUCUAUUUCAACACCGAUAAACCAGUAGUAACCAAAAUAAACAGCACAUCUGCUCCAAACCAUUUCCUGUCCUUUCAUAGAGACAAUUCUACAAACUCUUCAUAUAAACUUGUUCCAGAACUGAAAGGGCAAGUUGUUACUACAAGUAAACCAACUUUGACAACAGAUGCGUUUAAAUUCACCCAAAAACACACAACUAAGGACACAAAGGGGAUUAAAAGUAACCAUACUGCUAAAUCUUUUACCCCAACAGCUAACGUAACUUGUACAGCUGACGAGAAAUAUAAGACUGGAAUCAUAAUAUGCGUGAUCAUAAUAGCUAUCUUAGUUUUUAUCAUUGCAAUGUUAAUCAUAUGCACUGUGGCACUAGCAAACAAAAUAUCCAGUCUAAAGGCAAAACUAACACAGUCAAAGCGCCAUGCAAGGAGCAAUGGAGACUUUCUUAGUGCAUCAAGUCUUUUGUGGUCAUCGGGGAUGGAAACAUGGCAAAAAAAAGCAGGCAAUGUGACCAUGGAUGAGAUUUCACUGGGAGAUACAAACACAAUUGAAACUGAGAAAUGCAAACUGAUGGAUACUCCUGUGCUAGACAUAUCCAAAAAAGCUGCUGAAGAAAACAAAAGCUCACCAAGUGCAACUAUGACGACCAUCUCUACAGUAGAAGUUUAAAGAUUUUUUUUAUGUGCAAUUCAUUAGAUUCCCUGAGUUGACCUGAUCGGAGUUAUAUAGAAUGAAAUAUACUGCAUAGGAAUGUUUUACCUCUGACUAUAAUUGCCUUAUAAUAUUGCCUUUAUUUUUCAGUUAAAUGUCAAGGAGGUGGCGCAAAGUUGCUCAAGUGCCACAGUCUGGCACGCCUACUCACUCACCCUCUAUUCCCAGCAUCUCCUUAGCUGACAUACACAGAGACUUUACCAACCAACAACAGAAGGGCUUGGAGGUAAUGACAAGUGAGGAGACAUGCCAGACUGUGGCACUUGAUCAGUUAGGCUAUGCCUCCUUGACACUUAGCGGAGAGAAAAUAGGAAAAAAAAAAUUUUAACUGGGAAACACAAUCAGCGUUAGGAAAGGUUCAGGUUGUUUUUAUACUCAGCUAUGCAACAAUGUCUGCAGAUAAAGCAAAUUCCCGUGAAAGAGUAUCUGUCAUCUGCAAAACAUUUUAUAUACUUAAGAUAAUACCAUUAUAUGUAAAUUCAUAAUAUACAUUGGUAAAAUGUGUACAUUCUUGAGAGGGAAAAAUGUUUUAUCCCUGCAGCUAUUGCCUGUGUCUGUGCAGAGACAAAAUACAGGAAGUGUGGGCGGACAAGCAGGGCUCUGUGCAGGCUCCUGGCUUGACAAUCAGCCUGCUCUGUGAGCCGGGAGCAUGUGACAAAGCCUCAGUGCACAGGUCUGUGUUAUACACAAAAGAGUAGCAUAAACAUUGCAAAGUUGUUUUUUUUUCCGGAUGCAUCCUAGAAAUUAAAAAUGUAUAUAUAUGUUGGCCACUAGCUAUUCUUUGUUCCUGUUAAAGUGGAAAGAGAAAUCCUGUUCUAUUGUUUUAACAAAAUAUAUAUAUAAAAAAAAAAAAGUAAA